CGGACGAACCAUUAGAAUUUAUCCUGAUUGUUUAACAACACAAUCUUAGUCCAGUGUAAAACUCAAUAAAUUGAAUAAUAAUACUUGGAAAUGCCUCCUACGGUACAAACUGGAAGAAGAGAUGAAAGAGACAAACGAUCUAGACCAGGAGACAAGAGAUCUGAAUUGGUAUGCAGAGUGAAAUAUAACAACACCCUACCUGAUAUUCCAUUUGAUCCAAAGUUUAUUACUUACCCCUUUGAAUCAAACAGAUUCUACACAUACAAACCAACUUCACUGGAAAGAUCCUUUAAGUAUGACCUAUUGACAGAGCAUGAUUUAGGUGUUAACAUAGAUUUGAUCAACCCAGACACAUACAAAAUAGACCUCAAUGCAUAUCCAGAGCCAGAAGAUGAAAGACUUUUGGAAGAAGAUCUCAACACACCCGGAGAUGCUAAAAGGUCAAGACAUCACAACACCAAUGUCUCGUGGUUGCGCAAAACUGAGUACAUUUCAACAGAGUAUAACAGAUUUAUUCAAAAGGCAGACAAAUCUGAAGCUAAAGUGGGCUUUAAGAUAAAGCGUAUAAUGAAAGAGGAAGACCUGUACAAAGACAGACAAAGUCAGAUCAAUGCUAUCAAUAACACUUUUGAAAAGGCUAAGCAACCAAUACAGAAACACUACAGUAAACCAGGAGUAACACCAGUUCAAGUGAUGGAAGUAUUCCCUGAUUUUAAGUUGUGGAAACACCCCUUUGCUCAAGUCCUGUUUGACUCUGACCCUGCUCCUAAAGGCUACUCUGCACCAGUGCAAAUAGAGGAAAUGUCCCAAGCUAUGAUCAGAGGUGCUGUUGAUGAAAGUGGUGAGCAGUUUGUGGCCUAUUUCCUCCCUACUGAUGAAACAUUACGCAAGAGAAAACGGGAUGCAGAAAUUAACCUUGAAUACGAGGAGGGUGACACGUAUGAAUAUCUUCUGGCUAGAGAGUAUAACUGGAAUGUCAAAAAUAAACUUUCCAAAGGCUACGAAGAAACCUAUUUUUUCAUUAUGCGAGAUGAUGGGGUUUAUUAUAAUGAACUAGAAACCAGAGUGCGACUAAGCAAACGCAGAAAAACUGUAGCAAAUGCCCAGCUGAGGUCCCGACUAAUUGUGAAACACAGAGAGCUGCAAGAGAAAGAGCUGGAUACUCAGGAGGGUCGUAUGCAGAUGUUAGAGCCACCAGGGGAAGAGGAAGAAGAAGAUGAGCCAAUGCCCAGUUUAACUGCUGAAGUGACCUCUGAGGAGUUGAAGGACGGUGCUGGAAGUGAGGAUGAAGAGGGAGACAACUCUGAUGAAGAGGAUAAAACAAGUGUCAAAUCGGGUGGUAGUGAAAAGAGCAGGAGUCGGAGCAGAAGUGUCAGCAGAAGCAGAAGUAAAAGUGUUAGCAGAAGCCGGAGCCGCAGCAGUAGCAAAAGUCGCAGCAGGAGUCGCAGUGCAAGUAGAAGUAAAAGCAGAAGUGUUAGCAGGAGCAGAAGUCGCAGCAGAUCUGGAAGCAGAUCACGCAGUGCCAGUAAAAGUCCAAGUAAAAGUCCAAGUCGAAGCAGGAGCAGAAGCAAGAGUCCAAGUGAACAGGGCAGUGGUAGUGAGGCAGAGGACAAAGGUAAAAAAGAUGAAGAGGAGAUUUUUGGAUCAGCCAGCAGCUCAGAAGACAGUGAUUAGAAGGGUAGUCAUUAGAAGGGUGACAAACCAAUGUCUGAUGUGUCAGGGCAGAUUUGGUAUUACACUGCGGCAAUGUUUCUGUCAGCAUUUGACUGUUAACCAUGUUCUACAGGCUGUACAUAGCUACUCACUCUAUCAGUCAUGUUUUUAUGUUAUUAUUUUAUGAAUUAAAAGUUCUAAAUGUA